CGCAGCCGCUGCGCUUUGCGGGACCCAAUCUCCAGGUUCCACACGCGCCCUUAGACUAGCAUCGCUUUGCUCACCCUCACGCUGUCUCUCUCUCUCUCUUGUUCGCUCUCUUUCUCUCCCGCACGCCUGGCCUCGAACCCCGCGGGAGAAAAUAAGAGAACGCAGAUCGCGACGCUUCCGGGGAAAAGUUUUUGUCCGGCCGCUUUCAAAGGAGAUUGGCUAGAAAUCGUGUGAAGCAUGGGUGACUGGAGCUUUCUGGGGCGGCUGCUGGAGAACGCUCAAGAACACUCCACCGUGAUUGGCAAGGUGUGGCUGACAGUCCUCUUCAUCUUUCGUAUCCUGGUCCUGGGGGCGGCUGCGGAGGAAGUGUGGGGAGACGAACAGUCGGACUUCACCUGCAACACGCAGCAGCCCGGUUGCGAGAACGUGUGCUACGACGAAGCCUUCCCCAUCUCGCACAUCCGCUUCUGGGUGCUGCAGAUUAUCUUCGUGUCCACGCCCACCUUGAUCUACCUGGGACACGUGCUGCACAUUGUCCGCAUGGAGGAGAAACACCGGGAGAAGGAGGAGGAGCAGCGGAAGGCCAGCCGGCACCAGGAGGAGAGAGACCCUCUGUACAGGAAUGGAGGAGGAGGAGGGAAAAAGGAGAAGCCCCCAAUCAGAGACGAGCACGGUAAAAUCCGCAUCCGGGGGGCUCUCCUGCGCACAUACGUGUUCAACAUCAUCUUCAAGACGCUGUUCGAAGUGGGCUUCAUCCUGGGUCAGUACUUCCUGUAUGGCUUCCAGCUCAGCCCCCUGUAUAAGUGUGGUCGCUGGCCCUGCCCCAACACAGUUGACUGCUUCAUCUCACGCCCCACAGAGAAGACCAUCUUCAUCAUCUUCAUGCUGGUGGUAGCCUGCGUCUCCCUGCUACUCAACCUGCUGGAGAUAUACCACCUGGGAUGGAAGAAGGUGAAGCAGGGGGUCAGCAACGAGUUUGCGCCCGACAGAAUGGUGCUCCCCCUGGCCAGAGACGAGGCGGUGGAGUCCAACAUGAUCCAGGAGGGGAUCGCCCACCCGGCCCUCAACUGCCUGCCCACGUACGGUGGCGUGAACGUGGUGUACCUGCCCAACGAGCAGGCAAACGCCACGGACGCUUUAUCCGAGCAGCAGGCAGCGGCGGCAGAACUCAAGAUGGACCCUUUCCAUGAAGACUUCCUGCUGGAGGCUCCUCCCACGUCCUUCUACGGCAGCGAGGGCAAUGGCCAGCAGCAGUCCGUGGAGCAGAACUGGGCCAACAUGGCCAUGGAGCUGCAGACUCUGGACGCUGCCAAGUCCUCCUUGUACCCUCCUCCUCCCUCCUCCCCUUCUCCGCCACCCUCCUCCUCCUCCCACACCUCCUCUGACCAGGAGCAGUCACCCCCUCCACCGGACACUGCCCCUCCUAUCCCCGACUCCCGCUCCUCCACCCUCCCGCUGCGGGAAUCGAGAAGGAGUGAGGAGCACCAGCAGCAGGAAGAAGAGGCGGCGCUGCCGCUGACGCACGUUGAUGAUGUCACGGUGACCCGGGUGGAGAUGCACGAGCCGCCUGUUUUCAUAGCGGCGGACGCCCGCAGGCUGAGCAGGGCCAGCAAGACCAGCAGUGUCCGAGCCCGGCCCGACGACCUUGCCGUGUAACACAUACACACACACACACACACACUCUCACACACCUUCACACAAUCACAUACAAACACAUGCAGACCCCUAUCCACCACCGCACCCCAACGCCUCUGGGUUCUAUACAUUAUAUAUCUUUGAGGCUCAGGUGUCAAAUGUUGCGUGAAAUACAGAGGCGAUGUGG